UAGUUUUGCAAUAUUUUAUUUGUCUUUUAUUGAAAUACAUCCGCUGUCACGAAAUAAAAGGAAACCUGGCAAGGAAGUGGAAAGCUUUUUACCAACUAAUUGUAUUCGGAAAUGGACGCCCUGGGCUUACUUGGCAUCAGGGGGUGGCUUUUACUUACGAUUGGGUUACUGACUAUAAUAUACAUAUAUGUGAAAUGGAAAUUUGGUUUAUGGCGUCGCCUAGGUAUUCCUGGACCUGAUUUUUUCCCAUACGUAGGUCAGAUGAUACACCUCAACAAAAAGGGCUUUCAUGGGUUGGAUGUCGAAUUAGUUGAAAAAUAUGGAAGGGUCUUCGGGUUAUAUUUCGGGAGUAUGGCUGGCAUAAUGAUAUCUGAUCCAGAUCUUAUUAAAACAAUCAUGGUGAAGGAUUUCUCCAAAGCUCCUAAUAGAUAUGCCUUGGUAGAACAACGAGGCGAGAUGAAGCAUUCUUUAACAGAAGUUGUAGAUGAUCAUUGGCGAUUUAUGAGAAACACCAUACUGCCAACUUUCUCCAGUGGCAAGCUAAGAAAGAUGGGAAUUCCUUUGAAAGAGAAAUAUAAAAUGUUACUGGAAGGAUUAACUAAGAAAGCAGAGGAAGGAAGUGUCAUUGAAUUCAAACAAGUAUUUGGAAGUUUUACAAUGGACGUCAUUGCCUCGCUUGGCUUUGGUAUGGAGAUCGAUUCCCAGACAAACCCAGACAAUAAAUUUGUAAAAUACGCUAAAGAACUGUUUGAUGUCGACAUUUCUCUUUUAGCAAUCCUGGCAGUUCUUAUACCGCCGUUUGAAAAACUUUUGGAUCACUUUAAUAUGUCACCCCUGAAUAACCGCGGUAGGAUGGAAUUCUUCAAAUCUGCAGUACAUCGGGCGAUAGAAAUGCGUGAUGACACAGAUAAAGACAGAAAAGAUAUGCUACAACUUAUGUUGAAUGCUCAUAGACUCACUGAUAAAAAUGAGAUAGAGGACACACACACUUAUGAAAAUCCUGAGGAAUGGAAAAAGAGAGGUUUAACCGUGGAAGAGAUAACUGGGAAUGCUAUUCUUUUUCUACUGGCUGGUUACGACACAACAUCCAGCACUAUGACUUUUAUGGCGUACAACCUGGCGACAAACCCAGAAUGUCAAGAAAAACUGAUAAACGAAAUUGACAAAGUUCUAGGACAAGAGCUGCCUACAUAUGACAACAUACAGAAGCUCGUGUACCUGGACAUGGUGUUCAACGAGACAUUACGUCUGUACCCACCGGCUACAAGAACAAACAGAAACAAUUCUGUAGAAAUUGAGGUGGAUGGUAUAAAGAUUCCACCCAAUACUGAAAUAAUAUUUCCUAUUUUUGCGAUACAUAGAAAUCCUAAGUAUUGGCCAGAACCAGAGAAAUUCGAUCCUGAACGGUUUACCCCAGAAAAUAAAGAGGGUCGUCAUCCGUACACGUUUCUGCCGUUUGGUCAUGGACCCAGGAACUGUAUAGGACAACGUUUAGCGGGAAUGGAGGUUAAAUGUGGCAUUGCAUACAUACUUCAACACUACCGGUUCAUUAAAUGUAGCGAGACGGAGAUUCCCCUCCAAUAUGUGAAACGGAAAUUUGGUUUAUGGCGUCGCCUGGGAGUUCCUGGACCUGAUUUUGUUCCAUAUGUAGGCCAGAUGAUACAGCUAAAUAAAAAGGGCUUUCAUGGGUUGGAUGUCGAAUUGGUUCAAAAAUAUGGAAGGCUUGUCGGGUUGUAUUUCGGGAGUCAGCCUUCCAUCAUGAUAUCGGAUCCAGAUCUUAUUAAGACCAUCAUGGUGAAGGAUUUCUCCAAAGCUCCCAAUAGAUUUGCCUUGGUAGAACAGCGAGGCGAGAUGAAGCAUUCUUUAACAGAAGUUGUAGAUGAUCAUUGGCGAUUUAUGAGAAACACCAUACUGCCAACUUUCUCCAGUGGCAAGCUCAGAAAGAUGGGAAUUCUUUUGAAAGAGAAAUAUAAAAUGUUACUGGAAGGAUUAACUAAGAAAGCAGAGAAAGGAAGCGUCAUUGAAUUUAAACAGGUAUUUGGAAGUUAUACAAUGGACGUCAUUGCCUCGCUAGGCUUUGGUAUGGAGAUCGAUUCCCAGACAAACCCAGACAAUAAAUUUGUAAAAUACGCUAAAGAACUGUUUGAAGUCAACAUCUCUCUUUUAAUAAUCCUUGCGGUUCUUAUACGGCCAUUCGAUAAACUUUUGGAUUACUUUAAUAUGUCACCCCUGAAUAAUCGCAGAAGAAUGGAUUUCUUCAAGUCUGCAGUACACCGGGCGAUAGACAUGCGUGAUGACACGGACAAAGACAGAAAAGACAUGCUACAACUUAUGUUGAAUGCUCAUAGACUCACCGAUAAAAAUGAGAUAGAGGACACACACACUUAUGAAAAUCCCGAGGAAUGGAAAAAGAGAGGUUUAACUGUGGAAGAGAUAACUGGAAAUUCUAUUCUUUUUCUACUGGCUGGCUAUGACACAACAGCAAGCACUAUGACUUUCAUGGCGUAUAACCUGGCGACAAACCCAGAAUGUCAAGAUAAAUUGAUUCGGGAAAUUGACACAGUCCUUGAACAAGAGCUGCCGACGUACGACAACAUACAGAAGCUCGGGUACCUGGACAUGGUGUUUAACGAGACAUUACGUCUGUACCCACCGGCUACAAGGACAAACAGAAACAAUUCUGAAGAAAUUGAGGUGGAUGGUAUAAAGAUUCCACCCAAUACUGAAAUAAUAUUUCCUAUUUUUGCGAUACAUAGAAAUCCUAAGUAUUGGCCAGAACCAGAGAAAUUUGAUCCUGAACGGUUUACCCCAGAAAAUAAAGAGACUCGUCAUCCUUACACAUUUUUGCCGUUUGGUCAUGGACCCAGGAACUGCAUAGGACAGCGAUUAGCGGGCAUGGAGGCUAAAUGUGGCAUUGCAUACAUACUUCAGCACUACCGGUUCACGAACUGUAGCGAGACGGAGAUUCCACUUCAACUGAGCAAAGAAGCCUUAAUGAAACCAGCUAAUGGGGUUAAACUUAAACUGGAAAGAAGAACACCGACGCAUUUGAACAACGAAUCAUAAGAAUAUGUUAAAUUUUGUGUUAGGUACUAUUAAACAUUGAGAAAUUCAUUGUUAACUUAAAUGAGUUUGUCUGAUACAUUGUUUAAGUUAUCUUUGAAUAAAGAUAAUUCAGUAAGUAUGUCCAAGAAGUUUAAGUAGAAUACACUUCAAAAGAGGAACCACUCACUUAAAAAAACAAGAAGUUCUUGUCAACAUAUCAUUCUGGACGUACCAGUGCUUGAAUUGUAAACAAAUUUUGCAUUUUUUAAAAUUGAAAUUGAUAUUUGUAC